ACCUUCCUAAGUUGGCAAAAACAUUCGUACAUUUUUAGCUAAGACUGCAUUUAAAUACAAAACUAACCGAACUAUCGUUCGUUUGACGCAUCCAAAAAUAUACCGCAAAUUAUUUUGUUUUACUAUACAUUGAUGCAGUUGCAUUUGGCCGCAGUUACACACGCUCGGGAUAACAUUUUUAUGGUCCUCUCGGUAUAGUAAUACUGAUAAGUCGCGCGUGACGUCAACGACUGGUCCAUAUCGUUACAGCUGUUUGAUCUUUGAUUUUAAUUCUUCAUUAAUUAUGCACGGUUCCGGAUCUAGAGGAGGUGCGGGGCAAGAGCAUGCGUGCCUCAAGCGCUGUUAAGGGCGCUGUUAAGCUUCUGGAAAAUAAGGUCGUGAACGUACCCCGUACUUCGGAAGGGCGCUGCAUUUUUAUUAGCCCCGGGCGUCAAAUUUCUCAGAUCCGGCACGGCUCAUACAUAACGUUAUGGUAUUACAGAUGUUUUCAAACAAUUAAACGACAACGAAUUAAUGGCCAUCGACACAGUACUCGGAGAGUAUAAAUACAAUAACGAUUAUAAUCGGACGCGGUGAGAUCAUACGUUUAGUUUAUACACAACUGUGGGGUUAUGUGACGUGCGCGCGCGAUAUUAUUGAACGAAGAAACACGAAAAAAAAAAACAAUUUUUUCACGGGGACAAUUUUGAACAUGGCUUCAAUCGAUUGCGCAACAGCUAGUAACGAUAAAAAUAUGAAAUAAAAUGUAAAUGUCGCGCGGCUGUCAGCGAAAAACAAACGUUCGCACUCGACUGCAACGUCGAAACCGCAUUCGAAAUGCUGUGCUACGUGUGACUACGACCAGCGUGUGCAUAGGCAACCGAACAUCCUACACCGGCGAAAAUAUUGAACUUCGUCAGUUGCAAUAAUAUUGAGAAUAAUUCUUCGAUCCCGUCGGCCCUUGUUGCUUCGUAGUAUCGAUGGACUUCCGUAGACCGUUUGUCGUGCUACUGCUGAUUGGUUUCGGUUGUUCCGGAUUACCGAACGGGAAAUCCUCUAAUAUUUUGGCUUUUCUGCCGACCGAAACCAGGAGUCAUUUUAACGGCUUCAAACCUCUUCUGGAAACGCUUGUGGCCAGAGGACAUAACUUAACUUUGGUUUCGCCUUUUCCGCUGAGUCCCGUUACGGAUGACGGGUCGCCGUUGUUGUAUACGCACGUACAAGUAGAAUUCCACAACAAGGUAUCAGGCGUCGAUUUCCUGGACAAGAACAGCGAGACGAACACGUGGCCGUCGUACGUGUACGUGCUGUGGCUGGGCCCGCGGAUCACGAGGUUCGCGGUGGACAAGCCGUCCGUCAAGGAGUUCAUCCUGAACGACGGCGGCCGGUUCGACGUGGUGAUCAUCGAGAACUUCUUUCACGAGUGCUUCGUCGCGCUGGGCCACAAGUACGGCGCGCCGGUGGUGCAACUGCUGCCGUUGGCCGCCAACUCGCGGGUGUCCCAGUGGCACGGCAACCCGUACCAUCCGGCGUACAUCGCCGAGCUGUUCAACGACUAUGCGGCGCCGAUGACGUUCCGCCAACGGGUCGGUAACACCGUGUCCGCCGCGUUCAACACCUGGGUCAACCGUCUGGUGUACAUGCCUCAGCAGCGGGCCAUCAUGCUAGAGCACUUCCGGUACCCGGGCCACGAGCGCCGGCCUGACCUGGACACGAUGGUCCAGGACGUGUCGCUGACGCUGGUCAAUAGCCAUCCGCUGGUCAGCUCCGUGGCGCCGUUCGUCCCGGGCUACGUGCAGGUGGCCAGCAUGCACGUGCAACCGGUCAAACCGUUACCCCGGGAUCUUAAAAACAUCUUGGACGCGGCAGAACGUGGAGUGAUCUACUUUAGUUUGGGCUCGGUAAUCAAAUCUUCGAAAAUGCCUCGAGAAACUGUUGCGCUUUUGUUGUCCGAAUUCGCCAAGAUCGAGCAGAUAGUACUGUGGAAAUGGGAGGACGAUCAGUUGCCCGAUCUGCCGAAAAACGUUAUCGUCCGCAAAUGGUUUCCGCAAAACGACAUACUAUCACAUCCCAACUGUCGACUGUUUAUCACACACGGCGGCAUUCACAGUUUGAUCGAGUCUAUCUAUCACGGGGUUCCCAUGCUCUUGAUACCUGUGUUCGCUGACCAGGUACACAACGCUGCCGAAGCCAUGCGCAGGGGGUUCGCUUUGUACGUACCUUACUUCGAAUUAACAGCCGAAGAGUUUAGCGAAAAACUUCAAACGAUCCUGCAGGACCCUGGGUUCGACGUAGCGGCCGCGAAAGCAUCGUCGAUAAUGCUGGACAAUCCGAUGUCCAUCAUGGACACCGCCGUGUUUUGGAUCGAGUACGUGAUUCGACACAAAGGAGCCGAGCACCUGCGCACCGCCGUCAACGAUCUCUACGGGUUCCAGUACUACCUUUUGGACGUAGUCGCCGCCAUCUCGUUAACGCUGGCCUUCGUUUUGUAUUUCAAUUAUAUUGUUUUCGUAUAUGCAAAAAAAAAAUUGUUCCGUAAAACCGACCGUAGCAAAAAUCUUUGAACGUAAAAAUGAAAACCGAUUACCUAUUAACUGCUUGACGUCUUGCACGACGAUACUGUUCGUGAUGAUACAUUUUUUUUUAUUGUAUAACGCAUUUGAUGUAUAAUGAAUAAUAUAUUACACGUGAGCAUAAGCGUGCA